AUGGAGACCCAUUGUACAGAAGAAAAUACAGAUCUGGAUCACAUAUUAUUGACCUGCCCAAAGUUUAACUUACAACGUAUACUGGCCAGUGGUAUUGACGUUUCGAAUCAUCCGACGCCAUGCCAUAUUGUACUGCACUGGCCAGUAUACUGGUUUAAAUUACGGAAUACACCCUUGAUCACGGCUGGCUGGAUUCGCUCAGAAAAGUUAAAAAUACAUAAAGUAAUAACUGGCAAAAGAUCAGGAUUUUGUGAAUAUUCUGUGCAGCUCAACAUAUUAUACCUUAACCUUUCCUUUCUGUUUUUCCCUAUUCUUUCCCCAAAUCCUAGUAAAUUAAAUCCAAGACCAUUGACCAUGUCUGCAAAUCAAGAAGAAGUGUUACCAGAGGGAUGGGAAGUUCGCAAAAGUAGGAGUACAGGUAUGACCUACUACUUAAACAAGCAUACCAAAAAGUCUCAGUGGGACAAACCAGAAGGACCUGCACCGCUUGUGGAUGAGGACGAAGACGAUGCUAGUUCUCCAAAGCAGGUGCAAUGCAGUCACAUUCUGGUGAAGCAUGCUGGUAGCAGGCGGCCAUCUUCAUGGCGUGAAGAUAAAAUAACACGGAGCAAAGAUGAAGCACUGGAGAUUCUCAAAGAGUAUCGUGAAAAAAUUGUCAACCAAAAAGCCACUUUUGAAGAAUUAGCUAGUGCCAACUCUGACUGUUCAUCUGCAAAGCGUGAUGGCGAUCUAGGUUUCUUUAAGAGAGGUCAAAUGCAAAAACCUUUUGAAGAUGUAGCUUUCGAUUUGAAGGUAGGCCAGCUUAGCCAACCCGUGGACACUCAAUCAGGUGUUCAUAUCAUACUACGAACUGCUUAA